AUGAAACAAAUUAGAAUAUCGAAAUCGGCCAACCUAUCACAGACGAGUCCCAUUUUUAGGGACAAUAUUAGAGCGAAAUUGGAUGCUGAUAAUAAUAAUAUAGAAAACAACAACAACAACAACAUCAUCAUCAUCAACAACAACAACAACAUCAUCAUCAACAACAACAACAAUAACAACAUCAACAACAACAAUAAUAAUAAUAACGACGACAUUGUCAAAAUUUUGAAUAACAUCAGUGACAAUAAUAGCAAAAACACGAAUAAUAAUAACAGCAACAACAAUAACAAUAAUAAUAAUAAUAAAAACAAUAAUAAUAAUUUCUAUAAAAUUGGUAACACAAAGAAAGCGCCCGGACGGAUGCACACCAAUACCUUGGAGAGUCGGCAGAUGUUUGGCGUGGGAUGUUACGGUCCCUGGCACCCUCGCCGAACGAUAGUAAACCUGACAAGUAAAGAAUGCGGUUUGGCCGCGGCCAGGGCAGCGGACGAGAAAAUGAAAAAAUAUGGGAAUGCCCUCCCCUCGAUGGAAUUCUUGCCAAUAUGUAUCGAGGUUCUCGGCUCGAUGGACCCCAACACCCUUAAAUUUCUUAAGGAAAUAUGCAAAAUGAUCAGCGUCAGAUCAGGCGACAGCAGGGAACUGUUUUUCGCAACUAACCACAUUUCGUGCUUGUUGCAGCGGUUCCUGCGUGUCUGUGUGCUUGAAAAUAUCCAACUGAAUGCCGUCACGUGCAAUUAA